AGGAAAGAGUCCCCGCAAUCAAAAGUAAAGUUUAACUAUAAAUAAACAUUGUAGAGGGAACAAAGUUUGAAAGUUUAAAGAGUGCCAGGCAGAAAGAAGAAGUCCAGUCACAGAGUAGCAGAGAACUAACUCACCCCGACCUGACUAUGGAUGUCCUAGUUUUUGUUCUCCAGACCAUCCUGUUCCUUCUGACUCUGCCCCUUCACCUGCUCGCCCUGUUGGGCUGCUGGAAACCCAUCUGUAGUAAGUACUUCCCCUAUCUAAUGGCAGCACUGACUCUCAGGAGCAACCAGAAGAUGGAGGGUAAGAAACGGGAGCUCUUUAGCCAGAUAAAGGAGCUGGCUGGAGCCUCUGGGCAGGUGGCAUUGCUUGAACUUGGCUGUGGUACAGGUGCCAACUUUGAGUUCUACCCAGCUGACUGCAGGGUCACUUGCAUUGAUCCUAACCCCCAUUUUGAGAAGUUCCUGGCAAAGAGUAUGGCCAAAAACAAGCAUCUUCAAUAUGAACAGUUUCUAGUGGCUCCAGGGGAAGAUAUGAGUCAAGUGGCUGAUGGCUCGAUGGAUGUGGUGGUCUGCACCCUGGUCCUGUGCUCAGUCCAGAGCCCAAGCAAGGUCCUGCAGGAAGUCCAGAGGGUGCUAAAACCAGGAGGUAUCUUCUUUUUUUGGGAGCACGUGGCUGAGCCCCCUGGAACUUGGGGCUUGUUGUGGCAGCGGGUGGUCGAACCCACCUGGAAGCACAUUGGCGAUGGCUGCUACCUCACCAGGGAGACCUGGAAAGAGCUGGAGAGAGCCAAGUUUUCUAAACUACAACUAAAAUGGCAACCCCCUCCCUUCAAGUGGCUACCAGUUGGUCCCCACAUCAUAGGACUGGCUGUGAAAUGAUCUUAGGGCCCAUAAGACCAACUGAGUUAUUCCAUCCCUCUCUUCUUCCACUCCAGCCUGCUCUCUCUCUCUCUCCCACUUGGAAGGGGAGGUCCAUGACUUCUCUGCCCUUUCCUCUCACUUGAGGCUUCUCCUUCCUUAGCUGGGCCUCCUCACUUCUCUUACCCUCUCUGCUGCUCUCCCAUUAGGCCCCUUCCUCUUCUUCAAUACCCAUCUCCCAAUUAUCCCUCCAUUGGCUCCACCACAACCCUCUUCACUUGUAGUUUCAUGAACUGAUCCAUGGACUCAAGAGUAGACAUUUAUCCAUACAUAUCUCUCUCCUCUUCUCUCUCUUCUCUUUCCCUUCCUUCCUCUUUCUCUCCUCUCUCUGCCUAACACCCCAAGCUAUUAUUUCCCUCUUCUUUCCACCCAUCCAGGUUUCCUCUCCUCUCCCCAGCCCCAACUUUGAUCAUGUCAUCUCUUCCCUGGCUCCCUAAUAAAGUCUGUCUCCAGAAA